AUGGUGGGCGACAAACCUCUGGUGCCACCGACAUCACACGCACUCACCAUGAAACUGUUUGUGUGCACGUUGCUGCUGAUAGCGAGCUCGUCUGCUUCGCGGGAGAAGCGCGGCAUCUUCGGUGAGCCAGGCGGUCUGCUGGACGGGCUCAGUGGCCUGCUGUCAAAGGGCUCCCAUUCUGGAUCGAGUCACUCGCACAGCUCCCACAGAGCCCCACAUUACUCGCACCACUCGCACGGGCCGCCCGCACACUCGCACCCGGUCGUGCUGCACGCCGCCCCCGUACACGCCGCACCGGUGCACAUAGAGCCCCUGCACACCGAACACGUGCACCACUCGGCCCCGCUGCUGAGCUCCCACUCCCUGCACUCCGCCCCAAUCCUAGAGUCACCUCCGUUGCCUUCUGCUCCACUGUAUUCCUACGCUGAGCCGCUGCACUCCCACACUAGCCUACAUUCAGCUCCACUGUCUAGCUCCUACGACCACUCCCCAUCGCUGCACUCCGCGCCCAUAAUUGAAGCUGAACCUAUACAUCUAGAGCAUGCAGCUCCCAUACAUUCUGCACCCCUCAGUGUGAGCCACUCCGCUCCUCUCAGUUUAAGCCACUCUGCACCACUAAGCUUAAGCCACUCUGCACCACUAAGCUUAAGCCACUCUGCACCACUAAGCUUAAGCCACUCUGCUCCACUCAGUUCAAGUUAUUCUGCACCUCUCAGCCUAAGUCACUCGGCUCCCCUUAGCCUUAGCCACUCUGCUCCCCUUAGUUCAAGUUAUUCCGCACCUCUCAGUCUAAGCCACUCUGCCCCACUCAGUUCAAGUUACUCUGCUCCCCUUAGCUUGAGUCACUCUGCUCCACUUAGUUCCAGCUACUCUGCUCCCAUCAGUGUGAGCCACUCCACCCCCCUCAGACUAAGCCACUCGUCGCCCAUUGGCUUAUGUGGCUCAGGAUGUAACUCUGGUUCUCACUACGCUAGUCACGCAACCCCCAUACGUAUCAGUCACAUCGCUCCCUCUCACUCCUUGCACUCGGCCCCGCACUACUCCAGCCACUCAUCGCUACACAACCACCACGGUUACCCCAGCCACCAUGACCACCAUGACCACCACGACCACCACGACCACCACGGCCACCACGCGUCGGCAGCACCUGUCAUCAUCAAAGUGAUCAAAGCACCUCCCCGGUACGCCUCCGGCUGGUGGUAA